AUGGUCAUCAAAACUACAACCACUACUAAAUCUGCCCCAACAAAAUCAUCAACUAAAACAGCAGCAACCACUCCAGUUGUUGAAGGUGCAACCACUCCAGUUGCUAAAAUAGUUGUAAAGAAAACUACUGCAACAUCUGCAUCAGCACCAACACCAGCAACCAAAGCAACAACAACUAAAAAAACCACUACCACAACUAAAGCAACAACAACUAAAGCUAAAGAAGCAGAACCAGUUGAAGUUUAUGAAGAAAUGAAAAAGAUGACACCAAUUGAACCACCACACUCAAUUAAAAUUAAUUAUUUUAAGAAAUCAAUUUGUGCAAAGAUUACACUUCAUAAAAUUCCAGAUAAAUUUAUUAAUUUACAUCCAACCUCAACUAAAUUCCAUAUUGAUACAUUAAAAUAUACAAAGAGAUUCCUUUUAGAUAUUCCAUAUCCUGAAAAUGUCGUUGUUGAUGAUGAAAAAGCAACUUGUACAUUUGAACAUGAUAUUUUAACAGUUUUCAUUCCAAUUAUUUCUGAAUUAAAAGAAAAAACCAAUAGUAAUAAUAAUAAUAAAAAUAACAAUAAAAAAGUAAAUAAUAAAAGAAAACAACAAGAAGUUGAAGAAGAAGAAGAAGAAGAAGAAGAAAAAGUAGAAGAAAAACCAAAAAAAGUUAUUAAAAAACAAAAAGUUUCAAAUAAAACUGAAGAACAAAAAGAAAAAGUUGAAGAAGAAGAAAAAGUUGAGGAAGAAGAACAAUCAGAAACUACCACUACCACUCAAAAGAAAAAGAAAUUCAUUAGCAAUGAUUCAACAAUUGAUAUUAUGAAACAAAUUUCUGAAGAACAAGAGAAAAAAGCUAAUCAAAAAAUUACUCAAGAAAAGAAAAAGACUCAACAAUUACAAUCUAAAGAAGUUGAAAAACAAACAAAGAAAAAGAAUGUUGUAGAGAAAAAGAAAACAAUUUUAAAGAAAUUAAAAGGUGAAGAAGAACAAGAACAAGAAAAAGAAGAAGAGAAACCAGUUGUAGCUAAAACUACAACCACAACUAAAAAAUCUGUUUCAAAGAAACCAAAAACUCAAGUUGAACAACCAUCAGAAGAACAAACUACCCCAAGUAAAAAAUCAGUUUCAUUUGGUGAAAAAGUUAAUGUAAAACAUAUUCCAAAAGUUGGAAAAGGUAAUAAAUUAAAUUAA